AUGAAUUAAUUAUAAAUCUCAACUUAAGAGUAUAGCAAAUACAAAGACACAAUCACUCAAUUUCUAAAAGAUAAUAAUCUAUAUGAUUGUUUAGCCCAUCACAACUAAUUAGUCGUAAUGGAUUAGACAUUCACUUGUUGGGAAGUAUUUUACAUCUUUGUUGAGGAAAACUUAGAAGAAACAUUAUUCUGGAAUUCAGACAUUUCGAACUAUGAUGGAGUAUUCACACACUCAGAUUUGAUUAAAGUGCUCUUAAAACUGUACGAAAAUGCAUUUAACAAUAAAUCUUCAUUACAACAGAAUGGUCCCUUAUUUAAUGUAAUUGAAGAGGAGAGUGAAGACCAAGAAGAAAUUAUUUAGAAAAAAUAAUAUCAGAAACAACAACCAAGUGAAUUGAACGAUGAUUAAAAACUAAGAUUAAUUUAUGAAAUGAAGACUAUUUCGAUAAAACAGUGGAAUCGCAUAGUGAAAGACGAUUUGGAAUCUUCUGGGUUUGUUCAAGGUAGAAAUGAUGAAAGAUUAUAUGAUGCUUGUGUUAAAAUUGUGAAGUCUGGCAAUAGUAGACUUUUUGUGAUCGAUCCAGAGACUUUAAUGUUUUAAGGGGUUAUUCAUCAAAAAGAUAUACUAUCAUUUUUAAUCAAAGGCUUUACUCAAUAUUUAGGAGCAGUAUUAAAAUAAUAAAAUAACAUUCUAUCUUAACAUUAAUUAAGUAUUAAAGCAUUUUUUUCCAAUCAUUAUCUAUCAAAAGAAAUUAUAACUUGUAAAGAAAAUGAAACUGUUUAUUAAGUAUUUUAUACUAUGAUGCAUAAUAAUAAAUCUUUUAUCAUUCCUAUUGUUAAUAGCAAUAAUUAAUAUAUUGGAUAAAUAAACAGAAGAGACAUCGUAUUAAUUAUAAAAAAUGGGUUAUUUGAAUUGUUUUCUUAGACAGCCUCUUAAUUAUUAGUGUUCUUAUAAAAUGAAAAAGCACAUAUACCUGCCUAUAUUUAUUAUUCUAAACAGUUCUUUAGUAUGGAUUAAACCAUAAAAGAAGUUGUUGAAAAUCUAGUCUUAUCAGACAGUUCAGCUUUGAUUUGUUUGGCUGAAAAUAAAGAAGUUUAAGCAAUUAUAACAAUUUCAGACAUUUUGAAAUUCAUUUUAAAAGAUGCCCAUUGA